ACGUUAACGGGCCAACGCUGUAAGAGUGGGCGCCGCUCCGUACGAGGAAUAACCUUGAAUGAGCGUGGUGUUCGUGGCACGGAGAGAGCAGGGACGGGCGCCAGGCUCUAGUAUUCUCUGGAGAUCUGUCGUGGUUGGGUGAGCCAUCUGUUGCUGAGGAAACGUUUUCGGCGCCGCGGACCGUUGGCAUCUGUUUUGGAUCGUGGGCGUAUAAUUUUAUCCAAUGAAUAAGGAUUACUGGUGCGAUUUUGUGGCAGGAUGGAUCGGAGGAUGUGCUGGCUUGGUAGCGGGACACCCUCUAGACACCAUCAAAGUCCGCCAACAGACAAUGGGUAACAUUUCUGCAGCAAAGGGUAUUUUGAAUACCUUUAAAUUUGAAGGGGUUCGUGGUUUUUACAAAGGCAUGGGAUUCCCCCUUUUGUCGACAGGAACCUUAAACGCUCUCUUCUUCGGCGUAUACGGAAACACCGUCAGAAUCCUAUCGGAAGGGCGAGAUAGACCGUCUUUCACCGAUAUAUUCUUAGCCGGAUGUGCGGGCGGAGUUGCACAGCUGGUUGUUGCAUGUCCGGUGGAUCUAAUUAAGAUUAAGAUGCAGAUGCAGACAGGGUCAGGUGAGGGCAUCUGGGGCAAGCACUUCGAGUCCCACUAUAGAGGCCCCACGUCUUGUCUGCUCGAUUUAUACCGCAGAGGAGGUAUAAGGGCGUGUUAUACGGGGUUAAAUUCAAUGGCAAUACGAGAUAUUCCCUCGUUUGGCAUGUAUAUGAUUCUGUAUGAGGGCUUCAUCAGGACUCUGUGUGGCUCAGAGGAGAGUGCCAGUCCAGGCUCUCUCGUGUUCUGUGGAGGAAUGGCAGGUGUAAUAUCCUGGGCAAUGAUUAUUCCACUCGAUGUAGUCAAAUCAAGAAUCCAAGGUGAUAAUCCGUCUAAUCCACAGUAUAAGAACGCGCGAGACUGCUUCGUGAAGAGCUACAAGGCGGAAGGGAUAAGAGUCUUCACUCGGGGGUUCUGGAUGAUGAGCCUCAGAGCCUUCCCGACCAACGGCUCCAUCUUCCUCGGCUACGUGACGUCACUUAACCUCCUGAAGAGAAUUUCGGGGGAACGGCGAGAGAGCGAGGCGGUCGUAGCGGCGGCCUGAGAGGAGGUGGAGGGUCGGGAGGGUCAAUGGUGUGAAGAGGUGAAUGGGCGCGUGCACGAGGAUACGUAC